AUGGCGACAGCACGCUCAUGCGGGGCUCUCGGGGCCAAUUACAACGAGAAAUUGAUCUGGAUUAAGCAUGACGAACUGAGACGCGUCAACGCCAAGUGGAUCCGCGGCUUCAUCGACAUGCAUCAGAUCGACAGCCACCACCAAGACCAAGACCCUAACAUGAAAGCCCUAUUCCGGGCGAUAGAUGCCGGGUUCAAUGCCAUCCUUAGCCUGAAAUGGAAUUACACGAGUCUUGAUUUUCCAGCAUCAGGCAGCUCGGAAUUAGCUGCUGAAUUGAACGUCUUGGAUCGUUUGCUUCCUCUCGUCCUAGGCAAAGUCGAUAUCCUAGUCAUCGGCAACGAACCAUUCAUUGAGGCAAAAUUGGACCAGAAGAAUGAGCACCUGAAUGUAUUUUACGAAACGAUGGCCCGGGCUGUCAUUGAAUUCCGUCAGAAACACGACGACACAAUGAAGACACGGUUGUACAUGGGAGCUCUGAACAGACUCGACCUCCCCUCCAAACACACAUCAGAAAUAGAAAGAUUCCUGCAUUUCAUCGCUGUCACUCCAGAACUCGACGGCGUUGAUAUACACCCACACAUGAUGACAUUUGACGGCCACCGAAGCAUGCUAGAAUAUUGUCUAGCCCGCAUUCGCCCGGAGCAAACAUUCCUCGCAACAGAAUUCACAAUGGUCUGGCACUGGAAGGCACACAUGAACGACACGGUGUCAUCCGAAUUCUGCGCUAAGUACGGACUUUCACCCUCAACGAAGAAUCACGAGAUCAUCAGUGUGGCGAUGCAGAACCCAUGGCCCCUUGAGCAGUGGAAGGAGUACUUAUUCAACGAGCCUUGGUAUAUGCAGUAUCAAAAUUUUAUUACUGAUGCUAUGAGACUAUACCGCUCGACUGGUCGGCUUGCGGUUGCUACUUAUUCUCUUUGUCCUAUGCGAAUGCGCAAACUUCCGCUAAAACAUGAUGAUACGCCCUGGAUGUUGAAUGGUGUGUAUGCGCCAUCGACUGUUCGGCUUAGGGAGGAUGGCUCACGAUGUGAGAAUUUUCCUUGGGCGGAGGAAUUUCGUCGGGCACAGGGUGAAGAGUAG